UACUUGCACAUAACUUGAAGUGUGUUUAACUUAGAUAUUACUAUAUAUUGGCGGAGAGGCAUAAUCCUGUGACAUUUUAGUUUUAAACUGUUAAAUUCAAAAUAUGGCACAUUUUGUAAAAGGACUAACUAUAUUCCUGAUUCUGAUAAAUCAAUAUCAAUCUGCAGAAGUUCCAAGCGUUGCUUCGAAACUAGGAUCGAUAACUGGAGAAACGAAAAGUGUAACAUUUCAAGGGAAUAAGUAUCAAGUUGAUAGAUACCUCGGAAUUCCAUACGCUAAACCACCGACUGGAGAUUUAAGAUUUCAACCUCCCCAGCCAUUCGGUCCAUUUUCCGAGACAUAUAAUGCUGUCGACUUUGGAGCCUCGUGUCCACAACCAAUCUAUCCUUUUAUGCCGGUGGAGAAAAAGACUGACGAAGAUUGUUUAUUCCUGAAUAUUUAUGUUCCACGCCAGAAACCAGAUGAACCUUCCGGUCACGCGGUAAUGUUCUUUAUACAUGGCGGUGGAUUUUCAAUUGGAUCAGGGGUUAUUUAUGAUGGGGCAGUAUUGUCGUCUGUAGGUAACGUAAUCAUAGUGACAAUAAACUAUAGACUAGGGCUUCUCGGGUUCCUUGACAUAGGCAAUGAAAAGGCGUCCGGAAAUUUCGGGUUACUUGAUCAACACUUGGCUCUUCAGUGGGUUAAUGAAAAUAUUGAUGCGUUUGGAGGUGACAAAGACAGGGUAACGAUAUUUGGGGAGUCAGCCGGUUCAAUGAGUGUUGCCAUGCAGAUGUUGUAUCCGUCCAAUAAAGGACUGUUUAGAAAUGGUAUAACACAGAGUGGCGCCCUAAGUCUCCCAUUUCCUGGCCUUUAUGUUGAAAAUAACAUUGAUGCUGCCAAAUAUUAUGCUAAAAAUAUGAGCUGCACUGUAGACACGCUUGCUGAUGUGAUCAACUGCCUCAAAGAAGCAUCACAUGAAAAUAUAAUACGCAUUGUUCAAGAUGCAAUGGAUUCUGGUGGUAUGGAUGCUGCUUAUAGUGUCAGCACAGCCCCAACAAUUGAUGGCAAGUUUAUCAGACACAGUCCUGAAGAGAUGCUUCAGAAAGCGGAGACUGAAACUUGUGAGGAAUUGAAAUUCUUCCGAUCAAUUAGGCUGAUGAACGGUGUGAAUGGUAAUGAAGGCGCAUCGGCUUUAUUAAUGCUUGGAGAUGCUGAAAAUUUGGAUGACUUAGAAAUAACUCGCGAACAAAUGAACACAGAACAUAUUCCUGGUACUUUAGCAUUUCUUUAUGGUAACAAAACAGUAUCGGACGUGGUGAACCAACUUAUGAUUUCAGAAUACACGGACUGGGAAAAUCCGGAUGAUCCGAAAAGACUCCGCGAGCAGAUGAUUAAUCUUUACGGGGAUAUUUAUUUUAAUGCUCCAUGUGUAGAAAUGAGCAGAGUUCACGCUAAUGAGACAGAUGUUGAAAGUUAUGUCUACAAUUUUCUUCCUAGGCUUGACAAGCCGUUGCUUCCAUUACCUAAGUGGGUUAAAUAUGCGAACCAUGGAGAUGAAUUAGGACCUGUAUUCGGCUAUAACUUUGAUCCCCAGGUCCUUUUCAACAUAUCUGAGUACACGCCACCAGAAUGGGAGCUUGACCUUUCAAACAGAAUAAUGAAAUAUUGGACAAACUUUGCUAAAACCGGGGAUCCUAAUAAACCAGAUUCGAAACUAUUAGCGUGGCCAAAGUAUGAACUCGAUUCUCAGUCGUACAUCAAGUUUAACAGAGAAGAUUCCAUUGAUCAAUACUUCUCUGCGAGACCAACGGAAUUCUGGAAAAAGAUUGUACCAGCUGUUAUAGAUGCUACUGAGCAUGCUCAGACUGUAACAGAACAAUUUGGAAAGAAAGAAGAACAAACAUGUGAUAAAGACGGAAAUUGUGGAUGAAUGCAAUUGUUUCAACUUUUAUAUUCAAUGAACAACUUCUGACAUAUUUACCAUUUUAUUAAGUGAACAAAAUUAAAACGUGAUGCUGUAUAUAUUAACAUUCUUUUUUGCUUAAAAGUAAACUGAACUGAAUUAAUAUCGUACAUUAUUUGUCUUUGUAAUAUGCAGCACUGACAAUAAAAAUACUCAGUAAAAUUGCAAAUUUUGUGUUGAAAAAAAAUAAAAAUAAAA